AUGUCAUUAUUAUUGGCGGACAUCGAGGCGACCGCUAACGAGAAACUGGAUGCCGGGCUCCGGGAUUACCUGAAUAGGGGUGCCCAGCAUGACGUGACACUGGAGGCCAAUCGGGAGGCGUUCAAUAGGCUACGGAUAAGACCCCGAUAUAUGGUUGAUGUGUCCAAACGGGACCUAACGGUGCGACUGUUUGGCGAUACACUACGGGCGCCGGUAUGUGUGGCGCCGUUCGGACUCAACCGCCGGUUCCACUCGAAUGGCGAGUUCGAGACCGCGAAGGGUUUGUCAUAA